AUGCCCGAAGCUGCACCGGAUCUCAAGUCUCCCAAGACCCCCCGACGGCUGAAGACUGGAAGCGAGCCCCCUCGCCAGGUGCACUUCCAGAGUCCAGGCAACACCAAAACACCAACUUCCACCUCUACUUCCCCUCCCUUCUCUUCCAUCCCAACCACUUCCACCACUCCGACCUCGGCCUCGACCGACGAAACCACCAGCAUCCAGCCCGAGAACUUCCCUCAGCUCGCCGCACCGCCUCUCAGCACUCUGGGAGCUGGCCAGUGGCACACGGCCGUCGAUCCGACUCAGAGCGUCAAGUUGCCCGGCCAGCCGUUUGCAGCUUUUGCACCUGGCCAGCACCAACCCGCUCACUUCCUACGCCCACAGCCGCAGCUCUUCAACGGGACAUUCUCUCCUCUUCCGCAGCAGCAUCAGCAGCUUCCUCCUGCAAUCACCUACAUCGGACAUCCGCAGCCCCUGAACAUCGCCAUGGCCGACUACCAAAACGCAGCCCCGAUGCCUGCUGGCAUCAACUUCCAGCCUCCCGUGCCUGAUACGACGUUUGGCCCGAUGCCGCACGUCUAUGUGCCUCGCUUUGACGGGAGCUACAUGCCUGCUGCUGUUCAAGUCGGUCUCCCUUCGCCAACUGUUGCCGGCGUCCCAGUCGCGCACCCAAGCUACGUUGUUGCUCAGCAGCCUGCCGUCGUCCCACAGCCCUUCGUCGGCCAACAGCCUGUCAUGAUCGGCGGACAACCAGCUCCAGCUGCGAUCCCCGUUCAGCAACUGCACACUGUUCCCGCGAUGGGCGUGCCUGGCGUCGGCGGCAUGCCCGUCAUAGCAGGUAAUGGUGGCCAAAUCCCCGAUGUGUCUGGUCUUGGGAGAACCCCUGCAGAGGAAACCGUGCGGCAACUUCAGUUUGCGCACGCGAACAAGUUGUUCGAGCCUCAGGAGUUCAAGCCAUCGGACGAUGACCCAUCUCGUUUCUACUAUGUUCGCGAAGUUGACGGUAAUUGGACCCAGCGCAACCGGUUUACUAUUGACCACCUAGGUGACUGUCGAUGGUACGUCACCGACGAGGGCUGGUUCUACGCCGUACGAAUGCCCAACUAG